AUGACGACCAACGCUGCUCACUCUUCGCCGAGCCGGGGAAGAUGGAGCAGCCUCGAGGAGGAACUAGCCUACUACAAGGCCCAGUACGAGACGCUCGAGACGGAACUGCAGGAGUUCCAGGCAUCAAGCAAGGAACUAGAGGCCGAGCUCGAGCGCGAUGUCGAAGAGAGCGAGAAGCGGGAGCGCAAGCUGCAAGAGAAGGCGGAGCGGCUGGGAUUUGAGGUCGAGGAGUGGAAGACAAAGUACAAGCAGAGCAAGACCGAGGCCAACAAUGCGCAGAACACUCUGCAGAAGGAGAUUACCGCCAUGCGCGAGAGUCAACGAGCCCUUCAGAUGCGACUCCGGGACAUCGAAGUCCAAAGCGACGAUUUCGAGCGUCAGGCACGCAACCAAACAUCAUCACUCGAGGACGUCGAGUCCAAGUACAACGUAGCUAUCGAACGCAGUGUCAUGCUGGAGGAAGAGAUCAAAAUUGGGGAGCAGGAGCGAGAGGCGCUGCGCAUAGAAACACAGCGACUUAGGGAUGAACUGUCGGAUCUGCGGAUAGAGACGGAGAUUACGCAGGAGAAGUUGCGCAUCGCAGAAGAGACUAUCGAAGGCCACCAUCAGCGAAAGGUGUCCAGCCAUCUCUCUGGCAAUGCUCUGAGACCACGCUCGCCCGUUUCCGAGGCAUCGACUACCGCGACUACGGUUUCUUCCCCCACAGCUGCUUCGACACCGCCACACUCGAAAGCAGAUGGGCUACUCCCGGACACGACUCCUCCCUCCCCGCCCUUGUCUGACGCUCCUAUCACCGUAAGACAUGUACCCUCAACGCCUAUGCCUAGGCGCAAGAACUCGAUUGCGCCUCUGGAUCCAGCUGCGACCCCUCGCGCCGGCCUCUACCAGCGGGCCCCAAGACAUUCACGAAACCCGAGUCUAUCGGCAUCGCGACCAAGCACAAGUGCCAGUGGACGGGCGACGCCUUCUACACGACCAACUACACUCACAUCACGACCGCCUAGACCGAGCUUUGGGAGUGCGGCGCCACCGCCAGCGGAUUUGCCUAGAUCAGGUUCACUAUAUCAAAUCCGGGGCCUGAUUGGCAAGAUGCAGAAACUCGAAGAGCGGGUUCAUUCAGCACGCUCCAAGCUCCCCGCGCCCACGACUACCCCACCGCGAGCGAGCCCACGCAAUGUCAGUGCCAUGGGUCACCACGUGCCGAACACGGUCACACUGAGGAGCGGUAGGAAGCGCAACUCGCACGCAUCAGCGGGGUCAUCAGUGCCCGGCGCUUACGAGUCGGGCUCUGCCGUAAAUCGGCUCUCGUUUGGUGUUUCGAACUCUUCACGAGAACCGACUAGCAGCAGGCCUGGCAGCCGAGCCUCCAUGUCAUCAGCAUCAGCAAUGCAGAGACCGCAGAGCAGAAGUAGCAACCGAACACCACUGGGUCACUACCAAUCAUCGUCGAUUAGUGGAGCGGAGCCCCGUUUGCCAAGGCCAAGGAGCUCCAUGAGCGGGCAUGGCCACUCUCACUCACUAUCCAUGUCGCGACGUGACAACGACACUAACAGCGAAGGAAGCGGCAUCUCUACGCCGGUAGGAAGGCGACUUACACUAGAGAAGACGGGCAUCCCUACACCAAGCGGGAUACCAAGACGUCAAAGUGCAGGACGAAGGGCAAGCAACAACAUGGACCUUGGAGACAUGGCCCCUCCUGCACGGCCAAGGAAGAUGUCGACACAAGCUGAGGAAGAAUCAUACUAG